CAAAUGCUGAUGCUCCAGAUACUCAACUAGUCUAAAGAAGGCCAGUUUUAUUGCUUCUUUAAUCAGAACAACAGUUUUCAGCUGUGCUAACAUAAUUUCAAAAUGGUUUUCAAAAUCAAUUAUCUUUUUAAAAUUAUAAACUUGGAUUAGCUAACACAACGUGCCAUUGGAACACGGGAGUGAUGGUUGAUGAUAAUGGGCCUCGGUACGCCUAUGUAGAUAUUCCAUAUAAAAUCAGCCAUUUCCAGCUACAGUAGUCUUUUACAACAUUAGCAAUGUCUACACUGUAUUUCUGAUCAAUUUGAUGUUAUUUUAAUGGACAAAAAAAUGUGCUUUUCUUUCAAAGACAAGGACCACAAACUUUUGAAAAAUAAUGUAUGUCACUCCCUUUGGUUCUUUCCCUAGGCAUUAUUGUUUCUGUUCCUGUGACUCUGUUUGUGUUCCAUGUCUGUACACUGCUUGUAUUUCUUGUUUUGUUCCAUGCUCGUUUAUUUAUUAAAUUAUUCACUCCCUGUAUUUGCUUCCCGACUCCUCCCAUCGUACACGUUAGAGAGUAACACCUCACCAAAGUGGAGCAUCAGGGAUUUACAUUUUUUUUUUGUGAGUGUGGGUGACGUCGGGUCUGGGUGCCGCAACCGGGGAUGCCUCAGCUGGCUCGACCGGUUUCCAUGCCUCAGCAGUUUCAUCAGGUUUACAAGAUGUGGUUGGCUCGGCAGUCUCCAACUCCUCAGCCAGGUCGGCAGGCUCCCGUGCCUCAGAAGAAGCAACCGGCCCGCUCCUUGUCCUCGGGACCGUCCUUCUGGUCAGCGUCCUGCGGCUAGAGCCGCGCAUCGGGGAGGGGGUACUGUCACAUACACUCCCUCUCCGGCAUUCGAGGUCGUCAGGCUGCUCAUUAUUACGCACACCUGUCACCGCCAUUACGCGCAUCAGCGCCUCAUCAGACUCACCUGGACUCACUCACCUGCCUGAUGACCUUCCCUAUAUAUGUCACUCCCUUUGGUUCUUUCCCGAGGCGUUAUUGUUUCUGUUCCUGUUCCUCUGUUUGUGGUCCAUGUCUGUACACUGCUCAGGUUUCUUGUUUUGUUCCAUGUUCAUUUAUUAAUUAAAUUAUUCACUCCCUGUCAUUGCUUCCCGACUCCCAGUGUACACGUUAUACUGUUCCUGUCCCUCUUACCUUCAAGAGAAAAUAGCAUGUUGUCUGUAAACAGAAGCUGUUCCUGCUGACUGCUGAGACAGUCACCAAAAGCUACAGGCACUUUUAACAACACAUUCCACAGACACGGCCUUACCUGACUCAAGAGAUUAAUUUUUUAGAGACAUUUUUCAUCUUUCCCCUACAUUUUUAUUUUAGUAACAAGGGACAUUCAAUGGCAAGCGGUGAUCAGAUGGCAGAGAUUGGGGAACCUGGGGACAUGGAGGAGGUCAAUGAAGCUCAGGGUCUAGAGGACGGAUCUUCCCUCAAAUCCACCAUGGAGAGGAAUGGGAAGACUCAACCCGACGGUCCGGUGAAGGAGAAGAAACUGGGGAUGAUGAAGCAAUUCAGGGAGAGCAUGAAGCGGGUUGGAGAGAGGAGUCCUCUGGCCUCAAACAGCAAAGGGUCAAAGGACAGACCCUAUUCAGACCAGGGGGGGGACAGUAUUGACCCUGAAGUGACAUCUCUGACCCAUCAGCUGCCGCCCACUCACUCACCAAGUUUGAGUGCUGGGUCUCCUGUGGCCUCUCCCCUGAAGAGUCCAGGUGAGUUUUUUCAAAGGAAGGAGGGAGAAGAGAGUGCAGAAGAUUCACCACCAUCCCAGAAAAAACACUCCAGAACACACUCAGACCCAUCAACCAUUGGGGACUCUCUUCUGAAGAAGGGGGCUUCCAUUCGACGGAGUUUGCGACUUGUGGGGAAUAAGAAGGACAAGACCCUCAAACAGGAGACGCUCCAGUCUGUCACUGAGAUCACAGUGGAGGAGAAGAGGGAGAAGAAGAAAGAAGAGAUCAAUGAGUCAUACAUACUCCCAGAGAUACCCCUCAUACCCCCCUCAGACCCAUCAACCAUUGGGGACUCUCUUCUGAAGAAGGGGGCUUCCAUUCGACGGAGUUUUCGACUUGUGGGGAAUAAGAAGGACAAGACCCUCAAACAGGAGCAGCUCCAGUCUGUCACUGAGAUCACAGUGGAGGAGAAGAGAGCGGGGGAGGAGAGCGUAGAGAUCAAAGAGUCAUACAUACUCCCAGAGAUACCCCUCACACCCCUCUCAGUGAUGCAGAUCAACGAGCUGAUUAAGACUGAGGUGCUGGAGGAGGCCCACCUGAACCUCCUCUCCCUAUGCCAGGAGUUCCAGCGGGAGAGGGAUGAGUGCAGGGAGGAGGCCUCCCCCAUGGAGCUGGCAAAGAAGGAGAAGGACCUGAGCAUCCUUUACAGAGCCAUGCAGGAAAAGGUGAAGGAGAUAGUGCGCAACUCCAACAGCCUUCCCUCCCUCAACAAGGAGCUCCUGAUGCAUGUGGCCCGUGUCAUCCAGGAGGAGGAGAAGAGGGAGGCAGAGCCUGGGGGCGUGGUUGGGCUAGGGGACUGGCGGGGUGCCUGGAGGGAGGCUGUGAGCGAGGGGGUUGAGGCAACAUUGAAGAGAGUUCCUCUGGACAGGCCCGAGCAGAAUGCCUCCUGGCUGGCUAUCCACCUGGGUCUGCUGGGCAAGGCCAUCGUAGAAGACUUGGAGAAGGUGAAGAGAGAGCUGCAGGGCUCUUACCCACCCAGCUUCAACGUGUUCAGCACCUACAUGAGCUGUUACCAUGGUGCUGUCAGCCAGCACCUGAACACGCUUCAGCAGCAGGUGACAGAUCUGAAGGACUACUACGCCCUGCUGGACUGGAUCAUCAAUCGCUAUGAGAGUGAGAAGAUAAUGAGCAGUCCUUCAUUGAGACCAGAGAUGGAGGCUGAGAAAACAGGCCUCUCACUGGAGGAGGGCUUCCUGGACCAGCUCAAGGGGAAGUACUGCAUGCGGGCUAAGGAGGACAUGAGAGCUUCGCUGGAUAAAAUAUUAGAGCUUGAAAAUGAGGACAUUUGGAUAAAGAAACAGGCACCAGAGACCGAUGAUGAACACUUCUUGAACUCUGACAUACACAUGGAUAUUUGGACGAAUGUUAAGAGCAAUGCUGUUAACUCCAAGAGGAUUGAUGUGAACCUGGAGAUGAGAGUAGUCUGUUCCUGCCUAGAAGAGUUACAGCAGUUUCCCAAACGAUUUGAGACUAAAUUAACGUACUGCUGUAACAGUGUGGAAAACCCUUCACUUUGGGCUGACUAUCAGAUAACCUACAUCAACAGCUUUACAGCUCUUAUGGAGCAUAUGGAGGGCUACAGGGAGAGCUGCCCAACACAGGUGGACCAUCUCAGCAGAGAGGUGGAUGGCCUGGUCCAUAGACUGGUCCAGAGCCUGGAGGACCAGUUUAAAAAUGAUGUUAGGCCCUACCUCAGGAGAAUGAUGACGAGGAAGUGGCUCUCCACAGAUGAGGACUUCCAACAGCUGUAUAGCAGGACAGAGAAGCUGACCCAUCGCUGUUCACAAAUGAGACCUCCAUAUGUACAGACCUUUUUGAGCUGCUUGCACUACUACGUGGUGAAAGAGUAUGUCUCCCAGCUGAUGAAAAACAACUACUCCUGUAAGAACAGGAAGCAUGACAAAGCCGCCACCAAGAUGAGGGCGCAGUGGAAUAAACUCAAGGAUCUGUUUGAGGAAAUGACAACCCAUGACUGGCUCCACCCAGUAGGAGACCACCUGAGUAACAUCAUUGGGGAAACAAACAAGAGGGACAUAAAGAACCACCUGGAACUUUUAGUUGCUGACUACCCAGACAUCAGUAAGAAGCACCUGUCGGCUGUGCUGUACUUCAGGGGCUUGAUGCGGGGCAGGGAGAGACAGGUGAUCCUGCAGCGUCUCACUGAGCUGAAGAGGGAACUGGGAACCGCAGGGAACAUUGGAGAUAAUAGAAGAGCCCUCUUCAGUGAUAUGCAGGUCACAGUCACCAAUACAGACCGUCUGGCUGACAUUCCGUUCUUCUGCUUCCUCCUCCCAGACAGCUAAUAAACGGACCUAGAUACAGGAGCCUACGACAGAGAUGAUAACCUAACCAAACUGUCUGAGAAAAAUAACAUACUGUAUCACAAGUAGGAUCACCUCGCACAAAUCAAACUGAGAAUAAUGAUUCAUGUAAUCAAAGGGAUGCUUUAAGACACCUCGUUUGUUUCCUAUCAUGUAUUGUUACUACAGCCCACUGUCGCAAAAAGAAGCUUAGGACACAUAUAAUAAUGGGGCUGAUUUGCUAAAUUAAGGAACAGCUUUAAUAUAGCAGAUUGUGGCUUCCCUCAAUGUAAUUGUCUGCAUUUCCAAUCCCCCAUAUCUUUAUUUGUAAAUAUGUCUAUUAAAAUAUAUAUAUAUAUAUAUAUUUUCCCCUAACCCUACCAUCCCUCCCCUAAUUGGCAUAAACUAAUGGACAACAACACUUAGGCUUCUACUUCCAGCUUAUACAUGCUAUAUACAUUUUACGGACACAGUAUAUUUUACAAUAGUUAUCUUUUUGUUUUUAGUCCCAUCCUUCAGCUCCACUAAACCCUUCCCAUCGAUCUCUGAACACCAUCCUGUUUUGCCAUAUAUUGAACACCAUUUCAUUUGCCAUAUAUUUUUGAACUGUGCUGGGAUGUUUCACACAACUUCUGAACCUUUCUAUUCUCAUAGAUUCUACAUAUUGUAAAUAAAUAAAUACUAAUUUGU